UAGCAAACGUUAUGUCACUACGCAACAUUUACUGUCAUUUGUUUAUGAGAAUGUUGCUACAGAAAAAAAGCAACAAAAAAAUUCUCAGCUGUCAAAUUCCGAGAACAUAAAAAUCAAAACGUCAAAUCGGCGAGAAAUGUCAACUGGAAAAUAAGAAAAAAUUAGAAUGAAAGUAAAAAUGGUAAAAACGCAGGAAAACGACGGAAAUUUGUGAAAAAGUGCAAAAAAGUUCUACAUACAAAUAGCGGUGGACUAGGCUAUUGAGAUAAAUUAAAUAAUUUCAUUGGAAAAGAAAAAUUUUACGUCACAUGCGAAAACAUGAAAUUGGAUUUCCGUCGUGCGGUCGAUUCCGAAGUUACGGGAUAGAAAAUGCAUAGAGUGUGAAAAGUGAAAAGAAAAUUCCUUCCAACAACAAAUGCUGCAGUGGCGUAGCAGCACAAUUGGCCGCGCCCCCAAGCCCACUUGCUGCCAGGAAGAAUAGUAGCAGUGGUGGUCAUAGUGUUAUUCCCUUGCAAAAGGUGUCGUUUAUCAGUGUUUAAAAUUUCACAAAGAAACAAACUUAGUUAUUGUAAAGCAAAGAAAAAGUAUAUUUGUUACAAAACAAUAACGUGUGUGUAUCAACAUUCCUUCAUACUUAUCUGUUCAAUUGUCGGGUGACUGUGUGUAUGAAAAGCAAUUAAAGGAGACAAGUCACUAACGAAUGCCGCAAAAGUAGUGACAACGAGUCGUCUAAUGGCUUAAAGGGGGUUUUUACACAAGCAUUUGAAAAUCUUUCGGCUAAACCCACAUACCCACUUUACGUAUUUAGAGUACGCUAUUUACGUAUUUACUGAGCCUCUGCUGCAAUCAGUAAGUCAUAACAAACAAUCAAAAAUUAGAGUAAUGGCCGGCCAACUCGAUCCGAAUGUCAAGGACGACCUGAAAACCCAAUUCGUGACGCGUGAAGGCACCUACCGACUACUCACGUUGUCCGAAUACUCCCGUCCAAAUCGUGUUGGCUACACAACCACCCAAAGUUCGCCACAAGUGCGUGUUUCCAUUGUUACACUACCAAAUAAUAAUCCUUGUCAGAAUACUACAAGUGGUAAUGGUAGUAAUGGAAGCAGUUCUUCUGGUGGCCCUAUUAACGGUAAUGCGAAUGGUACGGCCGCAAACAAUUCCAAAGGAAGUGGAGAUGGCUCCACGAAUGGCAGUAAUGCGUCCACAACGGGUACUUUAGUUAAUGGACAACAGCAAACAGCUUAUGGUGUACCAGCCGCAAUGGAUGCGCGUCUUGGUGCUGGUAUAUCCAUGCAUACCAUGAUCAACGGUGGAUCCGAUGGACAAAAUGGACUGGCUAAUCAAAUUUAUGGUGGCGAUAGGAUUUGUUUUAAUUUCGGGAGAGAAUUAUAUGUCUACGCUUUUAGAGGUGUAAAGAAGUGUGCGGAAAUCUCAAAACCUCUUGACAAGAAAUUCUACAAGGGCACCAAUCCGAGUUGUCAUGACUUCAAUGCCACAACAGCGACAUCUACAGGCGCGCCGUUACUUGUAGGAUUCACCACAGGACAAAUCCAGCUUGUUUCGCCACAGCCAGGACCGCGUGAGCUCCGCAAGCUAUACAAUGAAGAACGACUCAUUGACAAGACCAAAGUGACAUGUCUGAAAUGGUUACCAAAUUCACCGAAUUUAUUUCUGGCCUCACACGCUUCAGGCAAUCUGUAUUUAUACAACGAGGACCUGCCCUGUACGCCCACGGCGCCCAACUAUCAGCCCUUCAAAAUGGGUGAUGGCUAUACAAUACUCACCUGCAAAUCGAAAUCGACGCGUAAUCCCCUCUACAAAUGGAUAUUCACUACUGAAAACUGUUGCAUCAACGAGUUUUGCUUUUCGCCAUGUGGCUCCAAUUUGGCCAUAGUCUCACAGGAUGGUUUUCUGCGUGUAUUCCACUAUGAUACCAUGGAGUUACUUGGCAUUGCGCGUUCCUAUUUCGGUGGCUUUUUGUGCGUCUGUUGGUCGCCAGAUGGUAAAUAUAUUGUGGUCGGUGGUGAGGAUGACCUCGUAACGGUGUGGUCGCUGCACGAGCGAAGGGUAGUGGCACGCGGUCAAGGGCAUCGUUCAUGGGUAUCGGUGGUGGCUUUUGAUCCCUACACCACAUCCUAUACCAAUUGGGAUGGUGGUGAUUUCUCAGACGACGAAAAUCAAAUGAAUGAAUAUAGUGUUGGGCGAGAGGCGCGUUUCUCUACGGAUUCAACAGCCAACGGGUUUGAUUACAUACCGCAUGAGAAGAACUCAACACCGAAUCAUACACGACAAAGGCCACAUUCCGCUUCGUUUCGAUCGGAUGCCUCGUCAUCGGCGGCACUGGCACCAGAUAAAUUAGCCAUUAGCUAUCGUCUCGGUUCAGUCAGCCAAGAUACACAGAUAUGUCUGUGGGAUAUAACGGAAGAUGUGCUGCGGCAUCCAAUGUCGUUGCGUCAACGAGUCAAUAGCGUAAAUUUGAACGACAAUAGUUAUAUGAAUGGCGGCAUUGAUGCGGACGGCAUUAAAGUGAUACGCCCCAUAGCCAUAGGUAACAUAACGAGUCCAUUCUCACCACCACCACAUACCAGCAGUCCAACGAAAGAGACAGUAGCGCCUGAGAACAACAGUAACAGCAGUUCUAGUAAAUUCUCCACAGCGAACUGCACCAUAUCGUCGCAUUCGUCGAACGCGAAUACGCCACCCGAUGAAUCAGCACCGGGCAGCGGUGGUAGUGGUAACGCAACAGCGAAUAGCAACAGCAAAACGAACAAUGCAAACAGUAGAACGAAUGUAACAAGUAACUCUAUAAAAUUCCCAAAUUGCAUUAGUGCCACCAAAUCGGAUUCUAUGGAAGGCAGUGUCAAGGAUGGUGGCACUGCCACUGCCUCCACAGCCACAACGUCCGGCUAUAGCAGCAAGAACUCGAGUUCGAACAAGUCAACAGAUUCGAGCACCUCAGCUUUCAACAGUCUGACACAGCGGUUUUCGAAUUUCAGUUUUCUAAACAAUUCGGAAAAGAAAACCUCCUCAAUAACUGGUUCCUUUGAUGCAACGCAAUUGCCGGCGACGCAUCGGCCUCAUCGCAAGGGCAUGAGCUUGCUCAAGUCCAACAAUCAAACCAAUAGUAAUCAUAACCACCAGCAAUAUGGUGCGAUGGGUGGCAGCAGCAACUCAGGCAGUGGUGGUGGUGGCGGCGCCAUCGACCUCAGCAACAGUGGCGUGGGCACCAGUAGCAGUACGACGACGCAUAGUUUCGGCUCUUUGAAACUGGGUAAAUCCAACACACAUUCACAUAGCUUAUCGCUGAGCGCGGCGGCAUCAAAUGCAGUGGUAACCUCAUACGAUCCUAUGAAACUGAUUGGUACGCCAGCGUGUCCACGUUUCGACGAAUGUCCCUUACUGGAGCCGCUCUUAUGUAAGAAAAUAGCGCAUGAACGUUUGUCGGCGUUGAUAUUUCGCGAAGAUUGCUUCCUAACCGCGUGCCAAGAUGGCUUCAUCUACACGUGGGCGCGACCCGGCUAUGCGACUCAAAAUGUGCCACAGCAUUUAUCGCCAAGUCAAGCGGCGCCUCCUGGCGGUACGGUAAUAUAGUUCGAUAAAAUAAAUAUAAACAAUUACGAACAGAAUCGGUUAAGGAGCUGUCGCAUGUCGUUGAAAACGCCAGAAUAAAUUGAAAUGCGAUACAAUUGAAUUUAAGAGCGGCUUAUGUAACUCAGAGAGUGAUUUAUGGCUGAUUAAAUAUAUAAAAGAGGCGAGCCUGCAGGAGUGAAACACGUGCAUGCGCAGAUAAAACACUUUAAAAGCAUAUAAACAUGCGAACAAAAAAAAAA